AUGAGCUGCUACUAUGGCAACUACUAUGGUGGGCAGGGCUAUGGCUAUGGUGGCCUAGGCUGUAGCUAUGGCUGUGGCUAUGGUGGCUAUGGUGGCUAUGGCUGUGGCUAUGGUGGCUAUGGUUAUGGAUGCUACCGCCCACUCUGCUACAGAAGAUGCUGGUCCUAUGGAUUCUACUGA